CUCCGGGAACCUGAAGGAGACUUGGAGGCCCCUGGGCCGCGCUGCUUGGGUCGUUGGGAGUCGCCGCUGCCGCCCCUUCCCGCACUCCAUGAGGAAGAUGCUCGCCGCCGUCUCCCGCGUGUUGUCGGGCGUCGCCCAGAAGCCGGCAAGCAGAGUGCUGGUGGCAUCCCGUAAUUUUGCAAAUGAUGCUACGUUUGAAAUUAAGAAAUGUGAUCUUCACCGGCUGGAAGAGGGCCCUCCUGUCACUACGGUGCUCACCAGGGAGGAUGGGCUCAAAUACUACAGGAUGAUGCAGACUGUUCGUCGAAUGGAGUUAAAAGCAGAUCAGCUAUAUAAACAGAAAAUUAUUCGUGGUUUCUGUCACUUGUGUGAUGGUCAGGAAGCUUGUUGUGUGGGCCUGGAGGCCGGCAUAAACCCCACAGACCAUCUGAUCACAGCAUAUCGGGCUCACGGCUUUACGUUUACUCGUGGGCUUUCUGUCCGAGCAAUUCUCGCAGAGCUUACAGGACGAAGAGGAGGUUGUGCUAAAGGAAAAGGAGGAUCGAUGCACAUGUACGCCAAGAACUUCUACGGGGGCAAUGGCAUCGUGGGAGCUCAGGUGCCCCUGGGAGCUGGGAUUGCUCUGGCCUGUAAAUAUAACGGAAAAGAUGAAAUCUGUUUGACUUUGUAUGGUGAUGGCGCUGCUAAUCAGGGUCAGAUAUUCGAAGCUUACAAUAUGGCGGCUUUGUGGAAAUUGCCUUGUAUUUUCAUCUGUGAGAAUAACCGCUAUGGGAUGGGAACAUCUGUGGAGAGAGCAGCAGCCAGCACUGAUUACUACAAGAGAGGCGACUUCAUUCCUGGGCUGAGGGUAGAUGGAAUGGAUAUCCUGUGUGUCCGGGAGGCCACAAGGUUUGCAGCUGCCUAUUGUAGAUCUGGAAAGGGGCCCAUACUGAUGGAGCUGCAGACUUACCGUUACCAUGGACACAGCAUGAGUGAUCCCGGAGUCAGUUACCGUACACGAGAAGAAAUUCAGGAAGUUAGAAGUAAGAGUGACCCUAUCAUGCUUCUCAAGGAUAGGAUGGUGAACAGCAAUCUGGCCAGUGUUGAAGAACUAAAGGAAAUUGAUGUUGACGUGAGGAAAGAAAUUGAGGAUGCUGCCCAGUUUGCUACAGCUGAUCCUGAACCACCUUUGGAAGAACUCGGCUAUCACAUCUACUGCAGCGAUCCACCUUUUGAAGUCCGGGGUGCAAACCAGUGGAUCAAGUUUAAGUCCAUCGGUUAAUGCGAGAUGGUUACACCUUCAGUGGGGCUAUUCGGCAGCAACUGUAAGGAAUGCUUUGGGUUCUCAACUUUGUUAAGGAGGGAAAAAAACCCA